AUGUUUCCCACUGUCACCCACACGACCACUCCUGACUGCGAGCCCUCACAAUUCAUUUUACCUGACCUCAUUAAUGAUUGCCACUAUCCCUUACAACAGAGCCUUCACCGUGAUGCAGUGUCCCGCGCAUCUGAUCAAUGGCUUACUGACGUAGCGCAACUUGUAGAGCCCGAGAUCAGAGGGUAUCUUGACUUCGACAUAGGCACAUUGUCUGCCGUUUGCUAUCCUGAUGGAGAUGCUUUCCAUCUCCAAGUCGCCGCUGAAUCCAAUAACUGGUUAUUCAUUGUAGACGACUGGAUGGAGUAUGGUGUCGUCGAUGUACAGGAAACGCGUGAAUCCUGUAUUCUUGCACUCCGCGAUCCCAAUUUUGACACGGAACAGCUUAGUGCAAAGAUGGGCAAAUCGGUUUUCAGCCGCUUUAGGGAGACUGCCGGUCCCGGCUGCACGGAGCGGUUUAUCCACGGAGUCGAACUGUUCUUCGCUGCUGUGGCUAAGCAGGUGGGCAAAGGAAAUGUGUAUGAUCCGCAAUCUUACAUCGCCCUGAGGCGAGAUCUAGUCGCGCACAAGUUCUCCUUUUCCAUCAUCGAGUUCGUAGCUCGAAUUGAUCUUCCCGACGAAGUCAUGUCGCAUCCAGUUAUCAAGGCCUUGGAGGAUGCGAUCGGCGAUUAUGUUGCUUGGGCCAACGAUAUUUUGUCAUACAACAAGGAGCAAUCUCGCGGUAGCGCACCCUGGGAAAACAUAGUUGCUGUGCUCAUGCACGAUCGAGGACUAGAUCUGCAAGGCGCCAUCGACUAUGCUGGCCAGAUGUGCAAAGAUGCCAUUCAGCGCUUUGAAUCUAGCCGUGCUAUCCUUCCCUCGUGGGAAAAAGAGGUCGACAGGCAGGUGGCUAUCUACGUCGAAGGGCUACAGAACUUCAUGGUCGGCUCACUUCACUGGCACUUGAAUUCUGCCCGCUAUGAUGUCAAGCCGGACCGAAUUAUCAAGUUGCUUCCCAAGAGGCCCUUGUAG